UUUAACCUACUCCCUGGAACUGUACCGACCCAAACAGGAUCGACUGCCAUACGUUUGUGUGCUGACAUUUACUGCCGCUGGUGGUCAACAUGGCGAUGUUGUACAGGUAACACUUGAUAGCUUUACAAUUGGACGUUUCACUUCGUAUCUGCAUGAUGGCUGCCCGGAUGGUUAUAUGCAGAUCGCCGAAUCGGCUCGAACUCCCAUCGGUGGCAUGUGGUGUGGCACUUCGUGGGGGCCAGUGCUAUUCUACAGCGAAACCAGAUCAUUGAUUUUCACAAUCAAAUUAAAUAAAUUGGCGCGGGAUCAGAGCGGUUACAAUUUCGACUUUCGCAUCAGAUACAAGGUUUUGUCGAAGGACAGCUCGGUAACUCGCUAUGGCGGCAUCAAGCUUGAAGAGCUACGCCAUUGGCACAAUCGCAGCCUUUCAAAAUCAAAAUGCAAUCGAAGAUUUUACCAAUUCCAGCGGCGCACAUUCAGAUCGUUACGGAGAGGAUUUCAGCUUGUUCAGCGCCUAUGCCAAUAAUAAAACUUUUACGAAUUCACUACAACGCGCAGUCGACAGAGAUGAGCACAACUACACCGAGCCAAAAUACUAUUUGGGCGAUCUCAUACCUGGCACUUAUUGCUCGCGCAUCUUCAGCGAUUGUGACAAGAAGGCGUGUCGCUUGCAAUCGCCCAACUAUCCGGGCAUCUAUCCGCGCAACCUCACCUGCUACUAUGCGGUGCGACAG